UAAUAAGCAAUCACCAGUCCAUGUCGCAUGCGAUAGCGGCUUAGACCCCCAUCACUCGCGUGCUGACCGACACUCCGUCUUUGGUCCCUUUAUCCCUCCCCCGCUCCCGAUCCCCAGACGCUUUUAGAUCCUCAUGGCCUCAGCCGGGGGCUUGACUCGCCGACGAGGUGGCGGUCGAGUCGCUGGCGCCGAUGAAAACGAUGACAGCCGAGUCUCCUCGCCAGUCUCGAGAAACGGCUCCUCUCUGGAUAACCGCAUCCCCGAGACCUCGUUCACCAGCUCCGAAAAUGGUCACAAGAUCGCCUUCGACCCCAGGGACAUUAGCGAGACGGAGGAGCGCAGCAAGCAGCCCAAGCUGACGCUGAUGGAAGAGGUGCUUCUGCUGGGAUUGAAGGAUAAACAGGGUUACCUGUCUUUCUGGAACGAGAACAUCUCAUACGCUCUGCGGGGAUGCAUCGUAAUUGAGCUAGCGCUUCGGGGCCGGAUCAGCAUGCAGAAGGAUUCUUCUCGACGACGUUUCCCUUUGGCCGAUCGUGUGAUUGAGGUGGUCGACGAUACGCUGACAGGGGAGGUCUUGCUGGACGAGGCGCUGAAGAUAAUGAAGUCGAGUGAGAAGAUGAGCGUGAACUCCUGGAUCGAUCUGUUAAGCGGUGAAACGUGGAACCUCAUGAAGAUUGGCUACCAGUUGAAGCAAGUGCGCGAACGCCUCGCCAAAGGCCUGGUCGACAAGGGCAUCCUCCGGACCGAGAAGCGCAACUUCCUCCUCUUUGACAUGGCUACGCAUCCCGUCGCCGAUGGAGGAGCCAAGGAUGACCUCCACCGCCGUGUCCGCAACGUCUGCAGCAGCCGUACCGUGAUCCUCCCCGCGAAUGCAUGGCUCCCCGAGGACGUCGAGUUCCGCUACCUGCGGACCAUCACUAUGGUAUGCGCGGCCUAUGCGGCCAACGUGCUGGAGAAUGCGCUCGUCACCAUGAGUCACGAGGCUCGGGAAAGGGCGUUCGCGCAGGUGGAUGAGUUACUGGCGGAGUACUCUCAAUGGCCUUUUGGCCGGAGGGCAGGAGGUUCGCAGGCGAUUGGUGCCAACUUGGCGCAGGCCAUCAACGACGAGGUGAACAAGGCGAAGGACAGGGAACUUCAGAUGGAGAUCGUGGCAGCAUGUUUGAGCGUUUUCACUAGACUCGACUCCCUACUGUAAGGGUAUUCCCCUAUCGUCAUCUGCUAUAGUCCCCAACCUAGCUCGUCUUUCCAUCGUCUUCCCCUUCUUAUGCUAUUGGUUUCUGAAAC